AUGAAAGUUAUUAAGAUUUCUUUUUUAAUUUUAUUAUUAAAUCAAGCGCCAUCUCUUGACUCCUUUGACUUACGAUUAAAUCAAAUUUACAAGCUAUCGUCGAAUAAUAUUACAUUGGAUGUGCCGGCUAUACUCUUAGUCGGAAAAACAGGUGCUGGAAAGAGUACAUUGGGAAAUUAUCUGUUGGGAACCCCUAUCUUUAAUGUUUCAAAUAAUUUUGAAUCUGGAACAAUCACAUCUGCUUCAGCACUCGCCAAAAUUGGUAACGAAUUGUACAAUGUGGUGGAUACUCCAGGGAUUUUUGAUACUGAAAGGUCAGAAGAAGAGAUACUAGACGAAAUUACGCGUACCAUACAAAAGUGUCCUUAUGGGAUCAAGGCCAUAUUAUUUUUGUUCGAGGCUAUAAGACUCACUGAUGAACAAAAGGCUGUAAUUAAAGCAAUAAAGGCAUUUCUUGGAGAAGAUGCCUUAAAAUACGUUAUCACCGUCUUCUCAAAAU